CAUAGGCGGAAGCCAUGUUGGAUCUCAAUAUGUGAUAAGUGUCAAUUUUCAUUGUAUGAAAGUGACGGGUGAUGAAUAAACCGACACUUUCUUCAUCAUGAUUAUUCGUGCCAACCAAAGAACAGUAUAAAUGGCACUGAAAAAAGUGAAAGGGACUCUUGAAAGGGCCCUAGACAAGAAUGUACAAGAUCUUGUCCGGGGAAUACGCAACCACAAGGAAACUGAGAGUAAAUACAUUGCAGAAUGUGUAGAUGAAAUCAAGCAGGAAUUAAAACAAGAAAACUUGGCAGUUAAAGCCAAUGCAGUCAACAAGCUGACCUAUCUUCAGAUGCUCGGGUAUGACAUCAGUUGGGCUGCUUUCAAUAUUAUUGAGGUUAUGAGCUCUACAAAAUUCACUUUCAAGCGAGUUGGUUACCUUGCUGCCUCGCAAUGUUUUCAUGAUGGUACAGAUGUACUCAUGUUAACAACAAACAUGAUAAGAAAGGAUCUCAGCAGUCAACAGAUGUAUGAUGCUGGAGUCGCCUUGAAUGGUCUUUCAUGCUUCAUUACGAGUGAUCUUGCCCGGGACUUGGCAAAUGAUAUAAUGACUCUGAUGGCCUCUUCACGUCCACACUUAAGAAAAAAGGCUGUUCUCAUUAUGUACAAGGUGUUUCUCCAGUUCCCGGAAGCUCUUCGUCCAGCUUUCCACAGGCUCAAGGAAAAGCUUGAAGAUCCUGAUCCAGGUGUCCAGUCAGCAGCUGUGAAUGUGAUAUGUGAAUUAGCUAGGAAGAACCCAAAGAACUAUCUGUCUCUUGCUCCACUCUUCUUCAAACUGAUGACCAGUUCCACUAAUAACUGGGUUCUUAUCAAGAUCAUUAAACUGUUUGGUGCUCUAACUCCUCUAGAACCGCGCUUGGGCAAGAAGCUCAUUGAACCUCUCACUAACCUUAUCCAUAGCACUUCUGCCAUGUCUUUGCUCUAUGAAUGCAUUAACACUGUGAUAGCAGUACUCAUUUCUAUAUCUUCAGGCAUUCCCAACCACACUGCCUCGAUCCAGUUAUGUGUUCAGAAGUUGAGGAUAUUGAUUGAAGAUUCUGAUCAAAACUUGAAGUAUUUAGGGCUACUAGCAAUGUCAAAGAUCCUGGCCACACACCCAAAGAGUGUCCAGGCACACAAAGACCUUGUGAUGCAGUGUCUGGAUGACAAAGAUGAAUCCAUCCGCUUGAGAGCACUCGACCUGUUGUAUGGAAUGGUGUCGAAGAAGAACCUGAUGGAGAUCGUCAAGAAGCUGAUGGUUCACAUGGACAAGGCCGAAGGUUCCCACUACCGGGAUGAGCUGCUCGCCAAGAUCGUGCUCAUCUGUAGUCAGUCCAACUACCAGUAUGUUACCAACUUUGAAUGGUAUGUGAGCAUCUUGGUGGAGUUGACUCGGAUGGAGGGUACGAGACACGGGAAGAUGAUUGCGUCUCAGAUGCUGGAUGUUGCAAUACGGGUACAGGCAAUAAGACACUUUGCGGUGUCACAGAUGGCUAUUCUGUUGGAGAACUCACAUGCACUAGCUAACAACUCCCAGAGGAAUGGUAUCUGCGAGGUGUUGUAUGCUGCAGCGUGGAUUUGUGGAGAGUUUUCCGAACACCUUCAGAAUCCAAAAGCCACGUUAGAGUACAUGCUUCGGCCAAAGAUCACAACACUGCCUGGCCACAUCCAGAGUGUGUACGUGCAGAACAUCAUCAAGCUGUACAGCAAGGUGGUGAUGAAGGGCGAGGUGGAGGAGGAUGCGGAACUCAUCAAGGAGGUCAACCAGCUGCUGCUAGACAAACUGCCAAUCUUCGUGCAGAGCUCAGAUCUCGAGGUCCAGGAGAGGGCCUGCACGAUGCUACAGUUGGUGAAGUACACAAGUAAACUGCAGGACAAGGGGGUGAAAGUAGCCGAUGAACUGGAGUCUCUGUCGGCUGGAGAUCUCAACCCAGUCGCUCUCAAAGCUCAGCGCAAAGUUCCAGUUCCAGAAGGCCUUGACCUGGAUGCCUAUAUCAAUCGUCCUCCAUCAGACAGCUCUGAUGAUGAUAUACAGGGUGCUUCAUUCUUCACCAUGUCAACAGACGAACACAGACCUACAUACCAGUAUGAAGGUGAUAAUAAAGUAUACGAACCAACAGAGGAUGAGCUUGAGAAGCUUCGUGAAGCAAGGAAGUUUGAGGUAGAACACAAUCCACAUUAUUUGAAAGGAGAAACAAAGAGAAAGGGUAAAAAGUAUGAUGCAUCAAAUAUAGAUGACAUUCCAGUUGCUAGGAUAGAUCUUUCAGUUCCUCUGCAUGUGCCUGGCGUAUCACCAUCUGACAAAUACUUGAUGUUGCCAAGCUCUGAAAGGAAGGGUAAGAAAUCUAAGAAAGGUAAAAAGAAGAGAAAGAAGGGAGGUCACGGGGGUACCGAGUCGGAUGAAGAUGUCGAAGCUAUGCAUGCUGUGAGCACAGUUGUCGACAUGCCUGAGGGUGUCAAUUUAUCAGACAAAGAUGAUAAUGAUGACAAUUUGACGGAUCCUUUCCGCAAGCUUGAUAUUAAUUUAGAUGAACCACUACGAGAUGACGAGAAGCUCCCGAUACGAACACACCACAUUGUUCCAGAAUCUAGUCAAGAUAGAGACCUAGACGCAGAAGAGCACAAGAAGAAAUCCAAAAAGAAACAUAAAAAAGACAAAGAAAAAACAAAAAAGAAAGAUAAGGGAACGAAGGAGAGGAAGAGAUCAAAGUCAGGCCACAAGGAGAAGGACCAGCCCAGUCUGCUUCUAGCAACCAGUGGCAUGGAAAAUGGAGUUGAGACCGCAGUAAAUGAAAAUGCUGGAGAUUUCAAGAGUGUUGUCGAUAACAUAGCUCCAUCAGAUAAGAUAGAGGAUAUAGAGUUCUGGUUGUCGGGUAGUGACGCAGCAGCCACCCCGUCGCCGUCAAAGGAGGAGAAGACGGUUGAAAAUCAUGUGUCUCACUCGCCGGAGAUCACCGUCAAUGAUGUGUUGUCAACCGAGGAAGAUGACAAUGUUAAAAUCAGUGAAGAGAAAUCCAAGAAAAAGAAGAAAGAGAAACGAACAAGUACAAAAGAUAAAAAGUUGAAGAAGGAAAAAAAGAAACGAGAGAAAGAGAAGAGGAAUGAAUAUGAAGAACCUGAGGGAAUAACAACUCCUUCAAAAGAGAAUCUUUCUAUAUCCCAGCUGGGGACACCCAUGGAAACUAAACUACCUCCCAUGUCUAGUUAUAAAUUGCUAGGAGAAAAUGCAUCCAUAAAAAUGACUUACGAAACCCGAGUGACACACCAGAGAAGUGAUCAAAUUAUUGUGUCCAUUAUUUUCAACAACCUCACAUCGCAUCAUGUGAAAGACAUGGAAUUCAACGUCUUGGACACCUUGAAUACCAAGCUUAUCAGAGGGAUGGGUCAGAGUCACCAUGAUGCUGUGAAGGUUCCGUUUACUCUUCUUCCUGGAUCUCAGAACGAGGGACAAUUCGCUUUCUCUAUAGACAGCAUCACCAUGCCACAGAGGAUGCGUGGCACACUCACAUACAUUGUAAAGUCUGAUGAAGGUUCUACGCAUGACAAACUUGACUUCAAAAUCAAUUUACCUUGCAGCUCUUACCUUAUGACCACCCCAUGCAAAAGUGCUGACUUCGCUACAUUGCUGGGAAGUGGAGACUUGUCUGCAAAAAGUUCAGUGAACAUUACGCCAGUAGAUACAGAAUUUUCUCAUAUUAUAGCCAAGUUGUGUUUCUUCCUACAUUUUAGACUUGUGGAGCAAGUUGAGAAGAGUGCAUCGCUUUACAGCAAAACAAUACAAGAUCACCCUGUCUGUUUACUUGUGAAAAUGAACGAUGGCUCUGUUUCCUUGGAUGGAAAAAGUACAGAUGGAACACUCCUGUCGAAUGUUUUGGAUGAUGCAAAACAGUUGUUAACAGACACUUCCUAACAUUGUUGUGUGAUUUAUUUAUCUGUACAGACUUGUGAUAGAAUUGUGACUUGUGAUCCCCUGAAGUCGGUGCAUCGAAAACACUUCAGGGAAAGCAGGGUGUAAAAAGUGUAUGUUGGGUCACUCGUAUGAUAGCAAAUUGUUGUGGAUUAUGAAAUAUUCUGUGGUGAUGCUAAACCAAUAUUCCUUUCAGUAGUGGAAAUAUUAUCUUCAGUGGUUUUCAGAUAUGUAAUAACAAUAUCUCUAGGUCUGUGAUAGUUUCAUAGACUCCUAUAGCAUGUGUUAGUGUACUUGCCAAAUUACAAAUACAGCAAUAUAGAAAUUUUGGCUUCAGUUUAAUUUACAAAAUAUAAACCUAAUGUAAGCUUGAAAAGUAAUGUUCUGUAUAAAUGCUUGAGAAAACAUAACUAGAACUUGUAGUGAAACCGUUCUCCAGUCUGUCUUCUUGAAGGGUCUGAUUGAACAAGCUCCAUCUAAUUACUAUAUUUAUCCAAUGUUGGCUGGUGAUUCAAAAUGUGCUAAUGUGGUAAACAAAUUUUCAUUUUUGUCCUGAAAGGAAAGUAAUUUUUAUAAUCAAACCAGCUCUGAAUAUAAUUGUUUGUUCACCUGUCCUAUCUGCUGAGGAUUGUUAAUAUUUUGAUGACAGAAUAUUGAAUUAUUUUUUUUACUUUUUUCUUUAAGAUCAUUUCAGUACUCUAACAUUUUUUUUAAGUUACACAGUUUUCCAACUUAGCAAGCUACCAGUAAAAAUAUUCACAAUAUCUUUGUAAUCUGAUGGAUGUAAAAAUGAGAUCUCAAUAUCUUCUAUGAAAAUGCCUUUAAUGUGGAACAUGGAUGUAUAUUUUUGACAAGCAAAAUUUGCUUUGUCAACUUGUGAUUAUGUCAUUCAAUUGUAUAUUUCUCAUGUGGAUAUUUUUAUGUUGUGAUUCCCUGCUGUUAAAAACACUUAUAUUGUUGUUGAUUUUUUUCUGUAAAUAUACAUAAUGUUGGUGUGUGAAAGGAUAACAUUUUAAAUUAGGCUUGUCAUAAGAAUUCCACAUUUGCUGCAUCAGCAUUUUCAGAAAAUAUUUCAGUGGGUCUACUAUAAGGGCAGCAUAUUGGACUGCAAUAAUGUCAGUUUGAUGAGUUAUCUUUGAAAAGGUUCAGCCACACAGAUAACUGAGCAAAAUAAAGACAUAUCGGCACCCUAGAACUAACCUUUUGGUAAUACAUGUAGUUAUGAAAUGGUCCAAUUUUGCAUUAUAAUUGACGAAUGACAGCUGCUACAGUAAGUAUUCUUCAUGUUGAGUAAAGCAACAUUGUGACCUAAAAUUUUAUGGUUGUCUUCAAGGUAAUAUUGGCAUCAUUUACAUUCAAAAAGCCUCUCUACUGAAUUGUUUUUUGCAUGUAUGGAUGUCUCUUUUAUUAAAUGUACAUCAUGUUGAUCGAAUUUCUAGAUGUUGUGUCCAUUUAAAACAUCUGUUUUGAAUAAGUGCUUAUCUUCACCUUCUGUCAAAGUUAUAAUGUCAGUUUCUAGGGUAACCAGUCAAUUCGUACCAUAGUCAUUUCGUACCCAAUUUUACCAUUUUGUACCCGUCAUUUUGUACCAUAGUUAUUUGGUCAUUUCGUACCCAAGUCAUUUCAUACCAUGGUUAUUUCAUACCAGGUCUGUUUGGUCAUUUCGUACCUCAAUCAUUUAUUGUGCAGCUUAGUUAAAUGAUGGAUAGUAAAAUGUCGAAUUACUGGUUUAAAAAAUAAACAUUAGACUAAUGCAAUUAUAUUUGAAGCCCCACCCCUUAAUAAAAAAAAAAAAAGAAAGAACAAGAAAAUUAUGAUCUAUUACUUUCAUCGCGCCUCGCAUUUUCGUUCAUCAUCAUAUUAAUUACCAACGACAACCUUGUGUUAGAAUAACAUAUCAAGAUCUAAGACAAGCCGAUCUAAAAAAACCCAUAAUUACCCAUGAAGACCAUGUGUUACAAGGUAUGUUUACACGGCAAUGUUUAUUCGUCAACAAUAAAAAUAAGAAGUGGCAUACCAUG